CCCCGCCCCGGCCUCCUGCAUUUGCCCGAGGCCCCGUCCCCAGCACUGGCCACACCCCCAGGUAGCCCCGCCCCCAGAGCUCCCCCCGCAGCGGCCGGGGUAGGGUGGAGGCUGGCCCAGCCGGGCCCCCGCUGCCCUCUGCCCUGGGCGCUUGGUUGGAGCGGGCUGGGCACGGCGGGACAGGGCGAGCGCGGCGGCCCGGGGUCUCGGAGGCGAAGAUGGCGUCCAGCAGGCGCGCCCCGCGCACCGGGCUGCUGGAGCUGCGCGCCGGGGCGGGCUCGGGGGCCGGCGGCGAGCGAUGGCAGCGGGUGCUGCUGAGUCUGGCGGAGGACGUGCUGACCGUGAGCCCCGCCGACGGCGACCCUGGUCCCGAGCCCGGCGCUCCGCGGGAGCCAGAGCCCGCGCAGCUCAACGGCGCCGCGGAGCCGGGCGCCGGGCCCCCGCAGCUGCCGGAGGCGCUACUGCUCCAGCGGCGCCGCGUGACGGUGCGCAAGGCCGACGCCGGUGGGCUGGGCAUCAGCAUCAAAGGCGGCCGGGAGAACAAGAUGCCUAUUCUCAUUUCCAAGAUCUUCAAGGGAUUGGCAGCUGACCAGACAGAGGCCCUUUUUGUGGGGGAUGCCAUCCUGUCUGUGAAUGGGGAAGACUUGUCCUCUGCUACCCAUGAUGAGGCGGUGCAGGCCCUCAAGAAGACAGGCAAGGAGGUGGUGCUGGAGGUCAAGUAUAUGAAGGACGUCUCACCGUAUUUCAAGAACUCUGCUGGUGGGACCUCGGUCGGCUGGGACUCACCUCCUGCCUCACCCCUUCAGCGGCAGCCUUCCUCCCCUGGCCCCACACCCCGGAACCUCAGCGAGGCCAAACACGUGUCCUUGAAGAUGGCAUAUGUCUCGAAGAGGUGCACCCCCACUGACCCGGAGCCCAGGUAUCUGGAGAUCUGCUCUGCAGAUGGCCAAGACACCCUCUUCGUGAGGGCCAAGGAUGAGGCUAGCGCGAGGUCAUGGGCGACUGCCAUCCAAGCCCAGGUCAACGCUCUGAUGCCGCGGGUCAAGGAUGAGCUGCAGGCACUGUUGGCAGCCACCAGCACAGCUGGGAGCCAGGACAUCAAGCAGAUUGGCUGGCUAACUGAGCAGCUGCCCAGUGGGGGCACAGCCCCCACCCUGGCCCUGCUAACUGAAAAGGAACUGCUCCUCUACUCGUCUCUCCCCGAGACCCGUGAGGCCCUGAGCCGGCCAGCCCGUACUGCCCCACUCAUCGCCACCAGGUACCCACGGGCAGGGGCAGUAUGUCUCCCCCAGAACUUGCCAGGAGAUGCUCCAGCAGGGCCCCAGAAGCUGGGAACUCCAGCCCUGUCCACCCUCAGCUAUUCCCCAGACUGGUGCACUCAGGCCCCUCCAAGGGCUCAGUGCCCUACGAUGCAGAGCUCUCUUUUGCCCUGCGCACGGGCACACGUCACGGUGUGGAAACUCACCUGUUCAGCGUGGAGUCACCGCAGGAGCUGGCUGCCUGGACCCGCCAGCUGGUGGAUGGCUGUCACCGGGCCGCCGAGGGUGUGCAGGAGGUGUCUACAGCCUGCACGUGGAAUGGGCGUCCCUGCAGCCUGUCUGUGCACAUCGACAAGGGCUUCACACUGUGGGCGGCUGAGCCAGGUGCAGCCCGAGCUGUGCUCUUGCGACAGCCCUUCGAGAAGCUGCAGAUGUCUUCAGAUGAUGGCGCCAGUCUCCUUUUCCUGGACUUUGGAGGUGCUGAAGGCGAGAUUCAGCUGGACCUGCACUCGUGUCCCAAAACCAUAGUCUUCAUCAUCCACUCCUUCCUGUCGGCCAAAGUCACCCGCCUCGGGCUGUUGGCCUAGAAGUCGCCGGAUGCACUAGCCCUGAAGAGGGGUGUCCAUGACAUGGCCUGAGCUGGGCCUCCACCGACUGCCUGCUCACCCCUGGGCUGAGGGAAGGGAGAGGAGAGGAACAAGGGCCUCCGAGACCCCACCCCUGAGGGAGACUGGAUUGGUCUUGGGGCCCAGGACCCAGACCCAGGACAGAGUGGACUCUGCCUGUGAUGGGGUGGCCUUCCUGCUGCCCCCCUCCACCAGUGCCUUUUGCAGAGAGAUAUUUUGUGUACACAGAAGCCAUUCCGAGUCUGGGACCUGCCCCUGUGCGGAUCCUGACUCCAGCCAACAGCUGAGCUGCCAGGCCUCCUUGAGGCCCCUAAGCCACCCCCAGAGGUCCCAUCUAAAGCUGGAGUCCCCUGGGGUCAGCAGCAAGAGAAAGAAGAGGAGACUUUCUGUUUGUUUUUCCCCUCAGCCCUGCCACCGUGGGGAGUCUGGUUUUUCUCUUCAUCCUCUCUCUCUCCUCCUUACUGUUGGAUAAAUAAACAGCCUGUGAGCACACAGGCAGGCCGGCC